UUAACAUGUCUAGAUCCUUACUGAUGGUUUUAAUUUUAUUGGCGCUUAGGGCGUCCGAGAUAGUUUCGGAAUCAGAAGAAUCAACAACCGAACAACCUGCAGGACUUUAUGUAAUUCAAAACUCAAAUGAAGAUGAGGACGAUCCAUUAUACAUGCAACUACUGGACAUUCCACUUCCUGGGGAAUCAGUUAAAAAGAUCGACCGCCAUCAGAAGGAGGAAAGACUACGGGGACGGCAGAGGACUUUUAUAAGGAAUCCCAACUAUCACAGCGCUAACAAAUACUACGAUAAGAUGUUUCAAAAAGACCAUAUAAAAGAAAAGUAUAAGGAACAUCCAUUGCUGCCGCAUCCAUGGUUCGAAGUGGAAUCCAGCCCUCUCCAAUCUGGCCAGUAGAAUCUCAGAAACUUUCCUGUUGACGCUUUACAUUAUAGCCCAUAUAACGGAGACCAUAAUGACUGUGAAAUAGUCAAUGUAAACACCGCCGCCCCGACAAAUUCCCAACGCAAAUAAACACAAACCACAAUAAAUUAAAUUAGCGGCAAA